GAGCCCGUGUUCACCUUCCGGAGGGGCACCUUCAAGCAGCUCUGCGCACUGGCAGCCGUUCCUCUGUCGCCCAGCUCGAGUGGAAACAGCCCUUCACACAGACACCAUGUCCUUCCUGACGGUCAGCAGGCUGGCGCCCAAGCUGCUCAACUCUAAGAAUGCCACAUUCUUAUUUGUGGCUGCCAGAAAUGCUACCGCAUCAACAACAAAUCUGAAGGAUGUUCUGUCAGACCUUGUCCCAAAAGAACAGACCAGGAUCAAGAACUUUAAACAACAGCAUGGCAAAACCAACAUUGGUCAGGUCACUGUGGACAUGGUCUAUGGAGGUAUGAGGGGGAUGAAGGGUCUGGUAUAUGAAACCUCUGUGCUGGAUCCUGAUGAGGGUAUCCGCUUCAGGGGCUACAGCAUUCCAGAGUGUCAGAAGUUGCUGCCCAAAGCUCCAGGAGGUGAGGAGCCGCUGCCCGAGGGUCUCUUCUGGCUGCUGGUCACCGGACAGGUCCCCAGUGAGGAGCAGGUAAACUGGGUGUCCAAAGAGUGGGCGAAGAGAGCAGCACUCCCCUCUCACGUUGUCACCAUGUUGGAUAACUUCCCCACAAACUUGCACCCCAUGUCUCAGUUCAGCGCUGCGAUCACAGCCCUGAACAGUGAGAGCAGCUUCGCCAGAGCCUACUCUGAGGGAGUCCACAAAUCAAAGUACUGGGAGUUUGUCUAUGAGGACUCCAUGGACCUGAUUGCUAAGCUCCCUUGUAUUGCUGCCAAAAUCUACCGUAACUUGUAUCGCGAAGGCAGCAGCAUCGGAGCCAUCGACCCCAACCUGGACUGGUCCCACAACUUCACCAACAUGCUGGGCUACAGCGAUGCCCAGUUCACUGAGCUGAUGAGGCUCUACCUCACAAUCCACAGUGACCAUGAAGGAGGCAACGUCAGCGCCCACACCAGCCAUCUAGUGGGCAGUGCCCUGUCUGACCCCUACCUGUCCUUCAGCGCUGCCAUGAAUGGGCUGGCUGGCCCUCUGCAUGGCCUGGCCAAUCAGGAGGUGCUGGUGUGGCUGACUGCCCUGCAGAAGGAGCUGGGCGGGGAGGUAUCUGAUGAGAAAAUGAGGGAUUACAUCUGGAACACACUUAAGUCUGGAAGGGUGGUUCCUGGCUAUGGGCACGCUGUCCUGAGGAAAACCGACCCACGUUACACUUGCCAGCGUGAAUUUGCCCUGAAACAUCUGCCCAAUGACCCCAUGUUUAAGAUGGUUGCUCAGCUUUACAAGAUUGUUCCCAACGUGCUCCUGGAGCAGGGCAAAGCUAAGAACCCCUGGCCCAACGUAGACGCUCACAGCGGAGUGCUGCUGCAGUACUACGGAAUGUCAGAGAUGAACUACUACACGGUCCUUUUCGGCGUGUCCCGUGCUCUCGGCGUGCUGGCUCAGCUGGUGUGGAGUAGAGCUCUGGGCUUCCCCCUGGAGCGCCCCAAGUCCAUGAGCACAGACGGACUGAUGACUCUGGUCGGAGCCAAGUCGGGCUGAAGCACCACCUGAAACAAGCCGGGGGUUAGUGAGAAGGGUGGUAGGAUUUGAAAUUAUCAAAAGGCAGGAAUCAAUUGACCCUCUGUCAUUUCCAACCCAAGGGAUUUAAUGGGAUUCAAAGAGACAGUACACUUUUAAUGUUAUUUCACAAAAGAAGGGCCUUUUAAAUUGUCACACCAUUAGUGAUGACGUGUGUUUAGUAAACCACUGUCAAAAGUUCUCAUCUCAUUUACAUAUUUGGAACAUGAGUGGGACAAACUUCAGACACGCAUAGACAACCUUUUGUAGGCUCAAACUAUGUUCCGAUAUAAGUCUGCUAGCAUCUCUGCGAUUUCCCUUCAGCAUUGCCUGUACAUUACUCACUGAGCGGAGUCUAAACUAUGAAUAGGCAAUGGCAUUUAAAGGGACUUGUGGGAGUGAACUACACUUCCUUUGUAUUUGUUAAAAGAUCUCUACUGAAAUAUCUUACUAAACCGUUGCUGCUUUUGGCUGAUUAACAGAUUUAGUUUUUCUUUGCUAUUCUCAAGCAAAGGACCCUGAAAUAAAACCCAAUUUUAUUUCCUCUAUGCAGUUGCGUCGUCCCAUCCAGUUCAUUCGCAUGUUUCACUCCCACUUAUAAACACUCCAGUUUGAAAAAGGUCCCAACUAGAACAAUAAUGUGCAAGCUGUUUAAGAAAAGUAUCCCAGAGUAUGAAAAUGAUUUAAAAGAUACUGCCCCUUUAAAUCUACAGUAUCCCCUUUUUUCCAACUUGUGUUCUUUUUUUUUUUUCUUCUUAAAGAUAACCUGUAUUACCUCUAUGAUCAAAAUAACUGUCUUGUAUACAAAUGCUUGUUUUUUUUUUUUCCUUUUAGCUUUUUUCAGUUUUUCACAUCUCUGGCCAUAGAGUCUUUAUACGUGGUAGAAAAAAAUCAAGGAUACUGUCAAGUAAUUAGAAUUAAAGCAAAGGGUGUUGUAAUUAGAAGCCAAAGUGAAACCUUAAGGGCAAGCUUGAAUAAAAGUAGGAUGGGGGACUUUGUUGUUGGCCCAUCGUAUUUUAGUGUACAUUUGUAAGCUUAUCCCCACAAGAAAGCUCUUUAGACAUCAACUACUCCAAAACGAGCACUUGAUUGACUGGAUUUCCCAACCUGUAGCAGUAUAACCCUCCCAGGUUGAAUGAGUACUUUUGGUUUUGUUCUUUUUUUUUUUUUCAAAGGGUUUUUUUUUUUGGGUUGGGAUGUUGAAUUUGUAUAAAACUGUAUUCUUUGGGUUCUCAUGUUGUGGUUUUAUUUAUACUUUGUGUACAUAGGUAUAUAUAUGUAUAGGCUGAAUGUAUGAGCUCAAUGCGAUCACAUGCUUGUAAUAACCACAAUGAGUUCCACAGUUUACCAGCGGUGUAAUACCGUCCAGUCUUACUGGUCACUGUGUAAAUCUGACAAUGAACAAAAAGAGAAACUGCAGCUACUUUGUAUAUACACUUUCUUGCCUAGCUUCGUCGGCUUAGCUGGUGCCGUUUUUCAGGUGUUCCAUUUGAAUGUUUCAAGCUUGCUCUUAGGUCCUGGGUUUGUCAACACUCCAUGUUCAUGUGGUUUAGAUUCCCGCAUUUUUCUCCAAACAUUAGCUUCUGUCGUUCCAGUCAGUAGUUCACACAAUUGUUUUGAUUCCUGCUGCUCAGCAUCAUCUGUGCUGGCUUUGUCGUGCAUUUCCUCAUGUUCUGUGUUCUUUCAUGUGGUGGGUUGUUUUAAAAGAUGUUAUUUUGAUUGUAGAGGAGCAUAAGGUUGUAUAUAUACCUGGGAAAAUUCAUCGCAGAAAUACUUUGGGGGGGACAGCGCUGGAUGGGUCAAAAUGGGCAAAAAGAGCAGUUAAUGGAAAACCUCACAAAAACUGAAAAAUAAAGGUUUUUAUUAACA